GAGUACCGAACAGGUCUGGAAAGUCUGCUAAAAUGUCUGAGCAAGAGAGAUCAUUUAUUGGCAAAGUUGCAUUGAUAACAGGUGGAAGUUCAGGUAUUGGUAGAGGAGCAGUUCUUUUGUUGUCCAAACUUGGCUGCAGUGUGGCUUUUGGAGGAAGAAACAAAGAGGAACUUGACAAAGUGGUGGCCAAAUGCAAAGAGACUAGAACUGAUUCUCAGGUCCUGUCAGUGCAAGGGGAUUUAGAGAAAGAUGAAGAUGUAAAAGCUCUUUUUGAAGCAACUAUCAAAGAAUUUGGAAAACUGGAUAUUCUGGUCAACAAUGCUGGAAUAGUUAUACCAGGGACUAUAGAAACAACAACACUGGAAGAUUUUGACAAGGUUAUGAGAAUUAAUAUGAGGGCUGUGUUCUACCUGACAUCACUGGCCGUGCCUUAUCUCAUUCAAACACAAGGUUGCAUUGUGAAUGUUUCCAGUGUAAAUGGCAUGAGAUCGUUUCCUGGAGUGCUUGCCUACAACAUGUCUAAAAGUGCUGUUGAUCAAUUUACAAGAUGUGUAGCUCUUGAACUUGCAUCAAAAAACGUUCGAUGCAACUCAGUCAACCCUGGAGUAAUAAUCACUGAAAUUCAUAAACGGGGAGGUAUGGAUGACGAGGCUUACGCAAAGUUUCUCGAACGUUGUAAACAAACUCACGCCUUGGGAAGACCAGGAAAUGUGGAUGAAGUAUCGAGUGUGAUCGCUUUUCUGGCAUCAAGUGAAUCCUCGUUCAUGACUGGUGCUUCACUGCCUGUAGAUGGAGGAAGACAUGCCAUGUGUCCGAGAUUUCCUCGCUGGUUUCGUUCCACGAACCUUUAUCCCAUAAUCCAUCCAUAUUUCUUCCACUUUGAGGAGGAUCAGUUUGGAAAAUCAAAAAUGGCGGCGGGAGGGAUGUCUUUUGCGGGCAAAGUUGCUUUAAUAACAGGUGGCAGUUCAGGUAUUGGUAGGGCAACAACUUUGCUGUUAUCCAAACUUGGUUGCAGUGUGGCAUUUGGGGGAAGAAAUAAAACCAACCUUGAAAAAGUAGCAGCUAGCUGCCGAGAAGCAAGAAAUGAUGCUCAGGUUCUUUCAGUACAAGGUGAUUUGGAAACUGAUGAAGAUGUAAAGACGCUUCUAGGAACUACGAUCAAACAUUAUGGAAAGCUAGAUAUUUUGGUAAACAAUGCUGGAAUAUCUGGUUUGGGGACUAUUGAGAACACUUCCUUGGAAUUAUUUGAUCAGAUCAUGAGAAUCAAUGUAAGAUCAGUGUUCUAUUUAACUUCCCUUGCAGUUCCAUUUCUAACGCCAACACAAGGCUGCAUAGUUAAUGUAUCAAGUGUCAAUGGACUGAGGUCGUUUCCAGGGGUUCUGGCCUACAAUAUGUCAAAAAGUGCUGUGGAUCAACUAACAAGGUGUGUGGCUCUUGAACUUGCGCCAAAGAAGAUCCGCUGUAACUCAGUCAACCCAGGCGUUACGAUCACUGAAUUGCAGAAACGAGGAGGGCUUACUGAAGAAGCUUAUCAAAAAUUUUUAGAACGUUCAAAAGAAACUCAUGCCUUGGGGCGUCCUGGAAAUGCGGAAGAAGUGGCGAGUGUGAUCGCUUUUCUGGCUUCAAGUGACGCUUCUUUCAUAACUGGUGCUACCCUGCCUGUGGAUGGCGGAAGACAUGCAAUGUGCCCGCGAUAACACAUCCUGCGGCAAUUUGAUCAGGACAUAUGGGUUUGCGGUUUUGGUUGAUACGAAUUCUUUGUCAAAUUGAGUUACAGCGGGUACUAAUAACCGUAGUAAUGCAACCAUAAGCUUCGCCGCGAUCAUCGAGAAAGACCCCUGUUAAAUUAAAUGAUGGUCACAGUGCGACUUUGAUUAAUUGACUUAGAUCACAGUAUCUGGUAAAAAAAAAAAAAAAAACAUCAAGAAUGUAUUAGCAGUUUCUACGCUUUUAUUUGUAACAACUUUGUGACCUUUAGAGGCUAGAAAUAAACAAUUUCACGUUUAUCA